AUGGCUAAUUUGAACAUAAAUUUUGAAGAGGCAAUUCAUCCUCAUUCAGCAGAGGAGGACCCUCCUGAACAUCCUCCUCCAUCCCCUCGUCAAAAGACACCAGGAGGGUGGAAAUCAGUAAAAUACAUUCUGGGACAUGAGUCCUUUGAGAAGUCGGCUUCCACGAGUUCAAUAGCCAAUUUAACAGUGUAUCUUCGCACCAAAUACAACAUGGAUGGUAUACUUUUAGUAAAUGUGAUCAAUUGGUCUGGUUCCUCCAAUAUUUCUUCAUUAGCUGGUGCAUUUGUCUCCGAUGCUUAUCUUGGCAGGUUUCACACGCUCCUCCUUGGCUCCAUGGUCUCUUUUCUGGGGAUGGGAACCAUGACUCUAACAGCAGGUGUAACUGAAGUAAGACCAUUCCCUUGCAAUGGGCAAAGGAAUUGCCCUGAGCCUUAUGCCUGGCAGCUUGUCCUGCUUUAUGGAGUUCUUGGGUUAUUAGCCAUAGGAGCAGGUGGCAUCCGGACCUGCAGCAUUGCCUUUGGGGCAGAUCAAUUUGAUCCCACAACUGAAAAAGGAAGAGCACAACUCCAAAGCUUCUUCGAUUGGUGGUACUUCUCAUUCAUCCUUGCUCUCGUGGUAGCCCUCAGUGUUGUGGUCUACAUUCAGACCAAUGUCAGCGGUUACUGGGUACUAGGCUUUGCCAUUCCAACUGCUUGCCUUAGUAUCUCCAUAAUAAUUUUCCUGCUCGGCCGCCAUACUUGCAUUUGCAUGAAGGUCUAAGGGAGCAUCUUUGUAGACAUGGUGAAGGUGGUUGCAGCUCCUGGGAGCAAGCAUAGAGCAAGCCUUGACUGCGAGCAUACCUUCUAUGAUCCUCCUAGCAACAAAGCAGGCCCAUGGACUUCCAAGCUUGCUCGUACCAAUAGGUUUAAGCACCUUGAUAAGGCAACUCUCAGUGUUGACCCAAGUGAAUUGGACACUCAUGGUAAGGCCAAGGAUAGUUGGAGCCUAUGUAGUGUGGAGCAAGUGGAAGAACUGAAAUGCUUACUAGCAAUUUUCCCUGUUUGGAUAUCAGGAGUCACUUGUUUUGUGGUCAUGGACCAACAUAAUACUUUUGGAAUCCUCCAAGCAAUUCAAACAAACAGAUCAAUAGGACGUUUUGAGAUUCCACGAGAUUGUUUAGGAAUGGCAUCAAUGAUUUCACUCUCAAUUUGGAAUCCUCAAGCGCGAAAAUUUGGAAAGGGACUUAGGUUAACAUUGCAACAAAGAAUUGCCAUAGGCAUUUUGGUGCCCAUAUUGUGCAUGUUGUCAGCUGGGAUUGGUGACGGAAGACGCCGGCACUCUGCUUUGAGAGACGGCUCCUUUACUUUGCCAAUAAGUGUUGCCAUACUCUUGCCACAGUUUAUUUUAUCAGGCUUGACUGAAGCAUUUGCUGCAGUUGCUGUCAUGGAAUACUUCACUACACAAAUGCCUGAUAGCAUGAGAACUGUUGCAGGGGCAAUCUUCCACCUCAGCCUAUCCAUCACAAGCUAUCUAAGCUCCUUUCUUGUGAAUGUUAUCCAUGCAAUUACUGGGAGCCGUGGCUGGUCCCCAUGGUUGGGUGGCCAUGACCUUAACAAAAAUAGGCUUGACUACUACUUCCACAUGAUUGCUAUUCUGGAAAGUAAUUCUCUAUACUUCAUUUUCUUCGCUAGCCAUUAUGUAUUUGGUAGCACUGUUUGCAAGAAGAGAAGGGAGGUGCAGCUGAAGAACUCCAUGCCUAACCCUGAAAAGCAAUCGAACUGUGAAUUGAAAGAUGAGGCAAAAACCUUGGAGAUUAUUACAUUAGGCAAAUGA